CACACUGAUGAACACAAUUUGUCCUUUCAGAUCCAUGAACAGCUGCAGCACUACGAAGAGAGCAAGCCCGUCCCUGUUCUUGACAGCACUGCGGCUUUGGCCCAUGAAUUGUCUGAAGAGCUGGAAGGGAAAUCAGCCAACGGAGAAAUCAAAGAGCUUCUCAAACUCCUGGCCAAACCCCAUGUGAAGAGCCUUCUGUCGGUCCAUGACACUAUCGCCCAGAAGAGUUACGACCCCGAACUACCUCCGCUGCCUGAAGACAUUGACGACGAUGAGGAUUCUGUGAAAAUCAUCAGACUGGUUAAAAACAAGGAACCUCUCGGAGCAACGAUAAGGCGUGACGAUCACACAGGAGCCAUCCUCGUGGCCCGGAUCAUGAGAGGAGGGGCAGCCGACAGAAGUGGACUGAUUCACGUAGGAGAUGAACUAAAGGAGGUCAAUGGAAUCCCUGUGGAUGACAAGAAACCAGAGGAAAUCAUUCGUAUUCUGGCCCAGUCGCAAGGAGCCAUUACCUUUAAAGUUGUCCCAUGCGUCAAGGAGGAUGCGCCAACCAAGGAGCAAAAAGUAUUUGUGAAGGCGCUCUUUGACUACGACCCUAAGGAGGACAAAGCCAUCCCAUGUAAAGAGGCUGGACUGGCCUUCAAGAAGGGCUCUAUCCUUCAGAUCAUGAGCCAAGAUGAUGCAACCUGGUGGCAGGCCAAACACGAGGGGGAAGCCAAUCCCCGUGCGGGCCUAAUCCCGUCCAAACAGUUCCAGGAGAGGAGAUUUGCCCUGCGGCGACCUGUUGCGACGCUCCCGCCCCAGAAGACCUCUAGUCGACGGUCAUUGGAUGCACCACAGAAAUGUACCAAAGACUGUGUCUCACUAGACGAUGUGGCUGUAGAGUUUGCUGAGGAGAUCGCAGAGGAUGCUGACUAUAGUAGCGGAUUCCACCUAGCUGGGUUCAGGAGAAGCUUCCGUCUGAGCAGGAAGGACAAGAAGACCAACAAGUCCAUGUACGAGUGUAAGAAGAGUGACAUGUACGACAUGGCUGAUGUGCCCACUUACGAGGAGGUCACCCCUUACCGCAGGCAGAGUGGGGCUAAACACAGGCUGGUGGUUCUAGUAGGACCCACAGGAGUUGGCUUGAAUGAACUCAAGAGGAAACUGUUGAUCUCAGACCCCCAGCACUUUAGUGUGACCAUCCCACACACCAGUCGGGCCAAGAAGAACCAGGAGAGCGACGGCGUGGAGUACCACUUCAUCUCCAGACAUCUCUUUGAGACGGAUAUCCAAAAUAACAAGUUCAUUGAGUAUGGCGAAUACAAAGGGAAUUACUACGGGACAAGUCUAGACUCGAUCCGCUCCGUCCUCUCCAAGAACAAAGUGUGCUUAUUGGAUGUCCAGCCUCAUACCCUGAAGCACCUGCGGACGGCAGAGUUUAAACCCUUUGUAGUGUUGGUAAGGCCUCCUACGAUCGAGAGGUUGAGGGAGACCAGACAGAAUGGCAAAAUCCUAUCUGGCAAGGACGACAAGGGUUCUGCCAAGCCAUUCACGGAGGAGGACUUCGAGGAGAUGGUGACCACUGCCCAGAUGCUGGAGACUCAACAUGGCCACCUGUUUGAGAAGGUCAUAGUCAACGAUGACCUCUCGGCAGCCUUCAGCGAGCUGCGGUUGGCACUAAAGAAAGUGGAGACGGAGACUCACUGGGUUCCAGUCAGCUGGACUCACUCCUGAGAUCCACACAGACUGUACAGGGAGAAAAGGGAAGGGCUUUGACAAAAAAUAUGCAGGUAUUUUAUCUUCUUUUAUGACUGCUGUGGCUCGUGUUGGGGAGUGGGGGGUGGGGGAGAAUAAAACAAGACAGCGCCAGACUGCUGUGUUGCCAUACCUGAGCUGCACAGAGCUAAAAAUAAGCUUUUGCCUGGGAUAAGGGUUGGAUUUAGAGCUCAGCUGUGGUCUGGAUGUGAAUCUACAGGGCUGAGGCUGAGGGUUUGUCCAGAAUAUGGGCCUUGGACAUUGAUCUGGGUCUCAGUCUGGGCCACACAACUACGAGCCACGAGUUUGAGCUACUUGGUCCAAAACCAGAAUGUGGAACGAGCCUGGACCAUCACAGCACCAGCAGUCCUGCCAGCACAUCAUCAGUCGCCAGGCCAACCAGGACUCCGUCUUUAGUGUGUUUAUAACAUUAGACCAUUAGAAACCAAAGGGUUGACAUAUUUCUUCUUGGUGGACAACUUACAUGCAUAUGUCUGUAAAAGAACACAACCUCUGAGCGGGCAAAAAGGGAGAGAAAAGAAAACAUAUUUGCCUUCUGUCUUAACUAUAUUUCUGUGCUUCUAUAAUGCUUCCAUGACUGUUACUCCAAACAAAACAUCGUCAGGUACACUC